UUCUCUUUCUCUACACAUUCACGCGCGCGUUUUUUUUUUGCUUAUUUUGUUUGAAUAUAUAAAGUCAAAGAGAUGUGUGUACACACAUAUAUCAAUUCUCCUUAUUUCUCUCUAUCUCUCUUUUUCUCUCUCUUUUGUAUUCUUUUUUACCUUGUAUUGUUAUAUCAUCUCCUUUCUUUACCCCUCCUCCCUUCCCUUUUUUGUGAUAUUUAUAUUCUCAUGUGAGAGAAAGAGCUAUAAAGAGGAUCUACAUUGUUUUAGCUCUUGCUCUCUUUUUCUUCUUUCUUUUCUUUCUCUCUCACUUAUUAUUUUCUACAUGAACCCUAUUGAAAACUUUUGCUUUUCAAAUCCCAUCGAACCAAAAUAUUUCAAUCUUCAGACACAAGAUGGUUCUCGGCCUCACUAUCGUCAUUUCAGUGCGAACGAUAUGAUGGUAAAGCCACCCAUGUAUUUUCAGCAAGAAUCAUUGGAUGAAAAGCAAAGAAAGCUUCGAUUUCAUAUUGUUUUAGAAGCCGCCACUGCCGUCACUCAACGAGCAGAAGAGAGUUCAAUCACGUACCUGAAUCGUGGUCAACUCUACUGUAUUCAACUGACAGACACGUAUAACCAGAAUGAAACGAUCACAAGCAGUCUCUCGAUUGAAUUUCAUAAUGCGUCACAUCGAAGUAUAGCAGAGAAUUAUUGGAACUAUUGGCUAGCACAACAGAAGCAAUCGGAAUCACGAGCGAUUGAUAUAGAUCUAUCUCAGUCAGUAGGCAUUGUCAAUGCCAUCAUGCCUAGUUUUGACAAGAUCUCGUUUGAAUGGAAUGGAAGUAUGGGUGCAAAAAUAUAUAUACGAUUCAAGUGUCUUUCUACCGAUUUCUCAAGGAUUAAGGGUGUCAAGGGGAUCCCACUUCGAGCUCACAUGGAGAACAAGACAGAGAACGAACAAGAGGCAUGUUAUUGCAAGAUCAAGUUGUUUAGAGAUAAAGGAGCCGAACGAAAGAAUAAAGAUGAUGCUAAGCAAAUAUCUAAACAAUUGGAAAAAGUCUAUGGUAGUGCCAAUCCACAAUCAUUAAGUUUACUAUAUAAGGAAUCAUCACCCUACACAGUGUUUUCAGAAACAUUACAAGAACAUACUAAAUAUCAUACACGUACCAUGACAGCACCUAAUGCAACCACCCUGCAGCCCAUAUUUCCUAUGGACAUGUCUUUUGUGCCCAUGACGACAUCAACCCCCUUAUUAUAUAUUCCUCCUUUAAUAGAAGAAGAAAACGAAAGUCUUUAUACCCCUUUACAAUCCACACCGACAGAUGCCUUUUCUAUAUAUGAUGUCUUUACACCACAAGAGAUCCAGCAUGAUUACUUUCCCCAACAGUUGUCCUUGGUUCAAGACACACCACAGACUUGCCAAUAUGGAUUUUAUUAAUAUAUUGUAACCGUUUGUAUAAACCUUUUAUUAUUUGAAUAUCAAAACAAUGAACGACCUCAUCAUAUUAUUAUUAUUAUCUAUAAACAAGAGGAGGGAGGCUUUAGUAUACAUAAGCUAUAUCUUCAUUUGACGUAAUAUAAGACCACACCUGUCACAUGUGGCAAGUGUUCCUUGAAAUGGUACAUCUGUUUAAGAUAGUUUCUAUGUUGUUGUAGGUUUUUCAUGUCAUAAAUUUAUUGAUACUCGGGAAGACUGUUCUCAAACGCGACUUUCUCAGUCUAAAAAAAAGGGCAAUAUUAGG